AUGGAAGAUAAUUCACUAGGAGGUAAAAGAUAUUUCAUUAUAUUUAAAGAUGAUUAUUCUAAAUAUACUUAUUUUUAUUUUAUGAAACAUAAAUCUGAGGUUACAGAAAAACUUGAUUGUUUUCUAAGUAUGGUUAAACCUCAAACAAAAUACGUUAUUAAAACUUUUAGAAGUGACUGUGGAUUAGAGUAUAAGAAUUUCGAAGUUCAAUCAAUUCUAAAUCAUCCAGGUAUAAAGCAUGAAACAAGUGUACCUUAUACUCCUGAACAAAAUGGAAAAGCUGAACGUUCAAUGAGGACUAUUUGUGAGGCAGCCAGAACAAUGAUAUAUGCCAAGAAUUUUCCAAAAUCACUGUGGGCAGAAGCAGUCAAUACAGUCGAACACGGACAAAUCGCCGUCGCCGUUUCGCCGUUGCCAUUUCGCCGUCGCAACUUCGCCGUAAAACCAUUUCGCCGUCGCUGUUUCGACGUGAGGCCACUUCGCCGUUAA